AUGAUGUUUGACGCUUUCUUUAAAGCCUCCAUUGUCAUCAGUGUUCUGAAAGUUCUUUGUUUGAUUAGCUAUGGGUCCACACUACCGGCAUUGAGUGACAAACAACAAUUUCCUUCUUUCGUUCGCACUAUCAGCAGUUUUACUGUUCAAGUUAUUGCAAUCUCUCAGUUGAUGAAACACUUUAGUUGGACAUGGAUUGGCAUUCUAGCAUCUGAUAAUGACCUAGGAAGAGAACCCAGUCAGGAACUUUUACAUGAAUUUGCUAAAACAGACAGCUGUGCAGCAUUUGUAGAAAUACUACCUGCUUACAUUUCUAGGAGCAGACUACAAGAAAUAGCUGAGAAGAUCAAAGCAUCAUCAGUGAAAGUAAUAAUUGUCUUUUCUACACAACAGUACCUUGUCUCAUUAAUGGAGGAAGUCACAAUGCAGAACAUAAGUAAUAAAGUAUGGAUUGCCCCAAUCAUCUGGAGAAACUCUUUAGUGUUUCAUAUCAAGGACAAUUGGAGGACGUUAAAUGGUACUUUAGGUUUUACAAUGUACAAUCCAGAGAUUCCUGGGUUUCAAGAUUUUGUGCACAAUAUUAAUCCUUCAUCUGCAAGUGAUGAUAUUUUUCUGACUCUUUUUUGGGAAACUGUUUUCUACUGUAAAUGGAUAGGUAACCAUAACAUCAAUGUAUCUCUAUCAGACAUGUUACUUAAAGCCACAACAUUUUGCACAGGUACUGAAAGCCUUAAGAAUCUUCAGACUUCAGUAUAUGAGUCCUAUGGCUUUCAAGAAGCAAUCAGCACAUACAAUGCUGUGUAUGUUGUAGCUCAUGGACUGCACAGACUGUUAUCAUGUGACUUUAAGGAUGUGAAAUUACAUAAUAAAUCAUGUGGUGAUAUCAACAACAUUCAACCAUGGCAGCUGUUCAGCUAUAUCAAGACUGUCGACUUUAUGAACACAGCGGGCCAAGAGGUAUAUUUUGAUAUAAAUGGUGACAUGCCAAAUCAGUUUGACAUUCACAACUUUCAAUUUUUCCUGAAUGGAACAAGUCGGAUUAUAAAAGUUGGAAUUUUCAAGUCAUGGGCCCCAAAUGAUCAGCAGAUUCAAAUAGAUAAAAAAGCUAUUUUGUGGAUUGAUGGCACUACAGAGGUCCCACAUGCUGUGUGCAGUGAAAGCUGUGGCCAAGGAAAAAGGAAAUCUGCUCGGAAGGGACAACCCAUAUGCUGCUUUGACUGCAUUCCAUGUUCUGAGGGGAAAAUCUCAAACCAAACUGAUAGUAAUGACUGCAUAGCAUGUCCAGAUGAUGAGUGGCCAAACUAUGGACAAGACAAAUGCGUUCUGAAAACAAUUGAAUUCUUGUCUUUCACAGAGGAACUGGGGAUAUCAUUAGCUGUUAUCAGUAUUUUAUUUUCUGCCCUCACUGCUUCUGUUCUCUGUGUUUUUAUAAAGUUCCGAGACACUCCAGUUAUCAAGGCCAACAACCGUGACCUGAGUUAUCUGCUGCUGCUUUCAUUAUUCCUCUGCUUUCUCUCUUCCUUGUUAUUUAUUGGUCAUCCAGAAGGAGUAACCUGUUUAAUACGCCAAGUUGCUUUUGGUGUCAUUUUUACUUUCAGUGUCUCCUGCAUAAUGGCAAAAACAAUCACGGUCAUUGUUGCUUUCACUGCUACCAAACCAAACAGCUCCAUGAAGAAGUGGGUUGGGCCUAAGACACCAUGUUUGUUGAUCGUCCUCUGCUCUUUAGGCCAGGUUGUAAUAUGCACUGCCUGGUUGUCUGUCAAACCACCAUUUCCUAAUGGCAAUAUGGAAAUAAAACUUGGAAAGAUAAUAAAAGAAUGCCAGGAAGGGCCAUCUGUAGCAUUUGCUUGCAUGUUGGGAUAUAUGGGAUUUUUGGCAAUGCUGUGUUUUGUAAUCGCAUUCUUGGCAAGGACACUGCCAAAUACUUUUAAUGAAGCCCAAAUGAUUGCUACUAGCAUGUUGAUUUUCCUCAGUGUUUGGACAUCUUUCAUCCCUGCAUACCUGAGCACACAGGGAAAAUACAUGGUUGCUGUGGAAGUGUUUGCUAUCUUGGCUUCAAGUGCUGGGUUACUGUUCUCAAUAUUUAUCCCUAAAUGCUACAUUGUACUGUUAAGGCCAGAGAAGAACACCAGAAAAUACAUAACUGGAAAUGCAAUGACAAGUGCAAAAUAA